AUGGCGAGCUGGAUGUGGAACGGCACGGUGCCGCGCAUCGCGCGGAUGCCUGUGCUCCGUGCGAGUCGAUAUGCCUCUAUGCGCCCCAUGUCGACGCGCCCUACUCAGCCUGGGCGCUGGGAGCCGCACGUUACGCGCGUAAAGUCGCCAAUCCCGAAGCUCCCGAAUAACAAGCCGUACGUGAUCGUGGGCGGCUUGUCGCUCGUGGUGUUCUGGUAUGUCUUUUCGUCCUACCUCAACAACAAGGAGCGUGUGGGCUCUUCGGUCCUGCGCAUGGUUACGCAGACGAUCAAAGACUCCCAGGACGUGCACGCUCUGCUUGGUGAGCCGGUACACCUGAAGCGCAGCUACUUGGGCGAUCCCUGGAUCGAGGGCAUCGUCAACCCCCUCAAGGGCAAGGUCGAUAUGUCCUUCCCGAUCGAGGGCCCGCGAGGCACUGCAACCGUGUAUUUCACGUCGGUGCGCAAGCAUAAGACGGAUGCCUUCGAAGUGCUUCGCUUCCUCAUUGUGCCCGAGGGUGACGCGAGCCGUGCCGUCUCGCUGCUGGCCCCUGGCCUCGGCGCAAGCUUGGCAGAAGGAUAG